AUGCUUCGCCCUUUUCCAGCUGUCCUGCAGGCGGAUGGACAUCAGCUUAUUCUGGAAGAAAUAUCUGAGUGGAACGCUGUAGAGCAGGUGGUCAGUGGGGAAGAGACUGCAUUUCACUGCAACAUCACUGACCUGCAUUUUGGAGGUGAUGGCAAGUUGAUUUCACUUUGUGAAGCAGCCAGGAAAGCAGUGUUACAUGCUUACCGAUUUACAGGGACACAUUCUCUUUUACCUUUGUUUUCUGUCAGACAAUUUACUUGCAUUACAGAGGUGUUACAAGUAUCAGGACACAGUUAG